AUGGGUCUACUAAGUAGGAAAUCAAACGAAUACGACACCACUACCACGACCGGUGUAGGACACAACAACAACCCAUAUACGACCGGGAACGCGACUCUGGGAAAUAACGCUCAAAGUGGAUAUGGGGGUAUUAACAGGAAUGAAGGACCGUUAGAACAUCAUACGGGACAAGGUGUAUCGGGUACUGGACCAGCACCUACCGUAGGUGGUCAUGCGGGAGGUGUAGGCGCAGGGGCACAUCCUCCUCCUGUAGCUGGUGCAGGUCACGUGAAUACCGGUCCAGCACCUCUUCAUGGAGUUAACAGCGGUUCUACACCCAAUACGAAGGAGGCUCUUAAAUUAGAGAAGAAAGGUCACAGAGAAGAGAAAUUGGGUAAUAUCUUACAUUCUACUUCUAUGAAAGAGAAAUCGGCAGCUCAUCUCGCACAAGCUGAUCAUCUGAAGAUGCAAGCUUCCGAAUUGAACGAAGCUGAGAGAUUGGAACACGAAGCUGGAAUGAGAAGACAGCGGGCUGUAGGGUUGGGUGCUGAUCCGAUGCAUGCCCACGGGUCGACUGGACAUGGGCCUGGGACAGGUACUCACAUCUAG